AUUUGCAGAAGCUGGACUGAGUCUCGGACGAGCCCAGAGAGAUUCACACACAGUCUACAUGAAAGCUGGGAUUGAAGAGCACAAACCGUGUGGGUUUGGGAAUGUGAGUGAGAAGAUGUAGUGACGUCCGCUGGAGCUUGGCACGGACACCCCAACCCAGAGGGAGCAUUCCACCCCGGGUCCCGCCUGCCAUCCAGCCACCAUGUCCAAGAAGGGCUCAGGCGGCCGAGCCAAGGGGGACAAGGCGGAGGCUCUGGUGGCACUGCAGGCGGCCAACGAGGAGCUGCGAGCCAAGCUCACCGACAUCCAGAUUGAGCUGCAGCAGGAGAAGAGCAAGGUCAGCAGAGUGGAGCGCGAGAAGAGCCAGGAGCUGCGACAGGCGCGCGAGCACGAGCAGCACAAGGCCGCCGUGGGGCUCACGGAGCUCAAGACCAAACUGCACGAGGAGAAGAUGAAGGAGCUGCAGGCCGUGCGUGAGACGCUGCUGCGGCAGCACGAGGCCGAGCUGCUCAGGGUCAUCAAGAUCAAGGACAACGAGAACCAGCGGCUGCAGGCGCUGCUCCACGCCCUGCGCGACAGUGGCCCUGACAAGGUCAAGACUGUGCUCCUGUCUGAGGCCAAGGAGGAGGUCAAGAGGGGUUUCGAGGUGGAGAAGGUCAAGAUGCAGCAGGAGAUCUCGGAGCUCAAGGGCGCCAAGAAGCAGGUGGAGGAGGCCCUGACGCUGGCAAUGCAGGCGGACAAGAUCAAGGCCGCGGAGAUCCGCAGCGUGUACCACCUGCACCAGGAGGAGAUGGGCCGCAUCAAGAAGGAGUGUGAGCGGGAGAUCCGCAGGCUGAUGGAGGAGAUAAAGUUUAAGGACAGAGCAGUCUUCGUGCUGGAGAGAGAGUUAGGGGUCCAGGCCGGCCACGCGCAGAGGCUGCAGCUGCAGAAAGAGGCUCUAGAUGAGCAGCUAUCCCAGGUCCGAGAGACCGACCGGCACCUGGGCAGCCCCAGGCGGGAGCUUCCUCAUGCAGGCGGUGCAGGAGACGCCUCAGACCACUCGGGAAGCCCUGAACAGCAGUUGGAUGAAAAGGAUGCCCGGCGCUUCCAACUGAAAAUUGCGGAGCUGAGUGCGAUCAUCCGGAAGCUGGAGGACCGCAACGCCCUGCUGUCCGAGGAGAGGAAUGAGCUGUUAAAGCGUUUGAGAGAAGCCGAGAGCCAGUAUAAGCCGCUACUGGACAAGAACAAACGCCUCACUCGGAAAAACGAGGAUCUGUCUCACACUUUACGUCGGAUAGAAAACAAGUUGAAGUUUGUCACCCAGGAGAACAUAGAGAUGAGACAGAGAGCUGGGAUCAUACGAAGACCCAGCUCCUUAAAUGACCUCGAUCAGAGUCAAGACGAGAGAGAAAUCGACUUCCUGAAAAUGCAGAUCGCUGACCAGCAGAGCCUCAUAGACGAGCUCUCUAAGACCCUGGAGACUGCCGGAUACGUGAAGAGCGUGUUAGAGCGUGAUAAACUUUUAAGAUACCGGAAACAAAGAAAGAAAAUGGCAAAACUCCCCAAGCCAGUUGUCGUGGAGACCUUCUUUGGCUACGAUGAAGAAGCUUCCCUGGAAUCCGAUGGGUCUUCCAUCUCUUAUCAGACAGACCGGACGGACCAGACCCCCUGUACCCCAGACGAUGACUUGGAGGAGGGCAUGGCCAAGGAGGAGACAGAGCUGAGGUUCCGGCAGCUGACCAUGGAGUACCAGGCCCUGCAGCGCGCCUAUGCCUUGCUGCAGGAGCAGGUCGGAGGGACCCUGGACGCAGAGCGAGAAGUUAAGACGCGUGAGCAGCUACAAGCAGAAGCGCAGAGGGCCCAGACGCGCAUAGAGGACCUGGAGAAAGCCCUGGCGGCGCAGGGGCAGGACAUGAAGUGGAUCGAAGAGAAGCAAGCCCUAUAUCGAAGAAAUCAGGAACUCGUAGAAAAGGUAAAACAGAUGGAGACGGAGGAGGCCCGGCUGAAACAUGAGGUCCAAGAUGCCCGAGACCAGAAUGAGCUGCUGGAGUUCAGGAUCCUGGAGCUUGAGGAGAGGGAGAGGAAGUCACCAGCCAUCAACUUCCACCACACGCCCUUUGUGGAAGGGAAGAGUCCCCUCCAGGUGUACUGCGAGGCUGAAGGCGUGACGGACAUCCUGGUCUCUGAGCUGAUGAAGAAGCUGGACAUCCUGGGGGAUAACGCCGUAAGUAAUCUGACCAAUGAGGAGCAAGUGGUCGUCAUACAAGCCAGGACAGUCCUGACCUUGGCAGAAAAGUGGCUGCAGCAGAUUGAAGAGGCAGAGUUGGCGCUGCAGCGGAAGAUGGUGGAUCUGGAGAGUGAGAAGGAGCUGUUCAGUAAGCAGAAGGGAUACCUGGACGAGGAGCUGGACUACAGGAAGCAGGCCUUGGACCAAGCCCACAAGCACAUCCUGGAGCUGGAAGCCAUGCUAUACGACGCCCUGCAGCAGGAGGCUGGGGCCAAAGUGGCUGGGCUGCUGUCGGAGGAGGAGAGAGAGAAGCUCCAGGUGGCUGUGGAGCAGUGGAAGCGCCAGGUCCUGAGCGAGCUGCGUGAGCGGGAUGCCCAGAUCCUGCGGGAGCGCAUGGAGUUGCUGCAGGGGGCACAGCAGAGAAUUAAAGAAUUAGAAGAGAGAAUAGAAGGUCAGAAGAGACAGAUAAAGGAACUGGAAGAGAAGUUUUUAUUUUUGUUCUUAUUUUUCUCCUUAGCUUUCAUUCUCUGGUCGUAGCUCAUCUUGGCACCCUGACGUGCCCCUGGAGGAGUUGGCCCCUGUUCCUCCCUUGGGACCAGAAAGCAGUAGGUUGUGGCAACAGAACAGGACACAGUGUCUCCAACCUGAAGACCCCAGCGGAUUUGGUCUCUGUGUGCCUGUCCUGUGGAAGAAGAGGGCCAGGCACUUUGGAUGGGGCUGAGCCCGUCCACUUGGGAUAAGCCAGAGUUAGAACUCACUUUGCUGACUUCUUGGGGCUUCUCUGGGAGAGGCCUGUCCUUGGCUGUAGCCCCAUCCCUGCUGCAAGGAUGUGUGGUGUCCCCUGCCGAGCAGGGCAAGAGCCGCUUCUGGGCAGGAGCACCGCCCACCCAUACCCUCCCUCUCUCGGUUCCCACAGUAAACAUUGCCUGUGUCUGGAGGAAGAUUUUCAGAAACAGCACGGACCGCUCCCCAGGGACAAAGGCAGCUGUGUCCUGGGGGUAACCGUCCUGGGGCCCUAGGAGGGUUCCUCUGGCAUGGUCCUCAGGAGGGUUCCCUGUGGCUCCUCUGUGUACCAGGACGAUGUCGUGCCUCACCGCUGGGCUCCACACUGAUGAACAAAUCCACACCCGGCCUAUUUUUUUCCUUGUCUCCCGGGGAAAGAGAGCUGUGGCCACCACUGGCCACCCAGAGCCAUCAGCCCUCUGCCUCCUUACACACCCGAAGGCAGCAAGGCCAAAAUCCCUCCCCGAAGGUCAGCCAGGAGAAUGGUAGACUGAGCAGAGCAGGGAGGGAUCCUGGUGCUGGAGUGGGACAGGAGGUGCAGAGCCAGCCAGAGGGAGGCUGACCUCGAAGAACAUGGAAGCCAGAGGCAGCGCAGUCCAGGAUCUCAGAGGCCCUGGGCACCAGGCACCAUCCAGCCUGGGAACCCUUCGUUGGGAGGCCCAAGCCCGUGGGCCACAGACAAGCUGAGGAGCAAGAGCAGUGCCCAGCGGGGUGAGGACGGAGGCACCUGUAGCGGAAGAAGGAGCCUGUGGCCCAGAGCCUCACAGGUGAGCAACGGUCAUGCCCAGCAGAGGCUGCCUGUCCUUUCUGCAGCGGGAGGAAGAGCCUGUGGCCUGGGGCCUCACAGAGAGAAAACAGUGUGGUUUGUGUUCCUACUGGCUGACCCAGGCCCCAGCCCAGGAAGGUCCUUAGCAUUUGGACAAGGCCUGACUCACUGUUUGGAGAGGGGUCUUUUGUGUCCUCACAUCCUGGAAGGUCAAAGUGGUGAUUCUCAGGGUUGAAUGUUCCAGAGGGGCCUGUGUUCAUGUGUGUGGUCACUCAUCGGGAAGGCAACGCAUGGGCAUGAGCUCCUUCGAGGCACCUGACGUCGCUGCUGUGGGCUGUGAGAUGUGCAGCCAGGUGUGAACAUGGCGUCUAUCACUGAGUGGAAGAAAGAGGCUCUGCAGCCAGCGGGAGGGACAGCCAUGUUGUCUGGAAGGAUUACCUUCAUUUUAUAUGGUGUCAGAAGAAAUGUUCAGCUGUGAUGCAGAUGAUGGAGUGGCAGCAGAUCAGCAUGGCUCCCCAGGUUGAGGUCAUGGGAAGCUGAUUCAGUCAGACAGAUGCGCCUUCUCUGGACUUUUGCUGCCAAGUGCACUCCUCACCUGCAUUUGUCCAAGGACCAUCCCUUUCUGUUGUCAUUCAGGCCACCAUUACUGCUUUACUCAGACAAGAUGCUGGGCCAGGUUGAUGUCUCCACUGAGCCUGACCUUGGGGUUGGUGUCUCAAGUCAGAAAUCUUAUUUAAUCCUUCAUGCACAGUUUUGUCUAAUUUUAACUGUAUCCUCUUGGCACGUUUGUUGUGCUCAGACUGAGUGGCAAACACAAGCCUCGUGUGGGUAGAAGCUGGUGUGGAGCUGUGGCUGAACUGCUGGGCUGACAUCUGAUGGACUCUUCAAGGCAGGUGUCCAGAAACAGGCGUGACUGCACCUGGCCCCCGGCCGGCCCAGCCUUCUCCAGGAGACGCUGCCCGGCCUCAACAUGUACCUCCCUGGAGCCAUAUGCCAUAUGAAGAUAUGCUGACGGGCACCCAGACUCACAUCCGUCAUGUUUACUUGGGUCAUCAUGGUUCCGCAAGUUGUAUAUAUGUAUGGAGUACUUCCCAUGCCCCCCACCCACCCCAGACGCUCCUAAUCACACUCUUUAAUAAGGGAAAAAAGGCAAACUAUACAGGAAAGAGAAGCAUGUAAAUAUGCGCCAGUGCUAAGGAAGUUGCUAUUGUUUAUAUGUAAAAAGCAUGUACAUAGGAAGGGGGGAUGGCUCAGUGAAUGUUUCAGUAACAUCCUGUGCUGCAUCCUAGCACACGGCAGGAAGUGGCAAUUCUUCUCUUUAAAUGUCGUUUUUAUUCAUGUGAUUAAAAAAUCCAUCACUUCAGAACUGGGCUUUAGCCAAAAAAAAAAAAAAAAACAAAGAAGAAAAAAAAGACAAACACGAACAUUCACCACUAAUUCUUGGAGAUCCAGUGACCAUGUGAAGAAGGCAAGUGUUUUAAAAUAAGGUGCAUUUUCUAAAUUUUAGUCUGAAUGUCCUCUAAGUAUUAGGGCUCACUUACUGCGAGCUCUUUGAACAGGGGAAGUCUGUAUGUAAAUGCAUCACCUCAGCGGAAAAGAGGGAGGACCCUGAAAUACUGCAGAAGUGUUUACUGUGUAAUCGAGACACCCACAUUUACAUCAACAGUGAACAUCAUUACAUUGUGCGCACACAGAACCUAAAUGUUUUAGUUUGUCUAAACUGAGAGUCCAUGUAAAUGGCAGAUUCCUUUGACUUCUGCCUUGUUGCUGAAGGUACUGUGGCUGUUACUUAAGUCUCUGCCCUCACAGAAUCUGUAGCCCUCAGGACACCCGGAGUGCCUUAACGCAGCUGCGAACACCAGUGCUGAAAGUUAGGAAGGACGUGUGCUGAGCGUGUGUUUGGCGACAUUAAUACAUUAAUCAACAUUUCCCAACACUCUAUCGUUGAAACCUUAAAAUGGGUUGUGUGUUUUAACACAGUAAUGGAUUUAAGUUUAGGCUCAGGAAAAUCGUAUUGUGAAUAUAUGUAUCAAAUCGUAAAUUUGUUUACUGUAUAUUUUUUAAAAAGCUUUACUGUUAAUUUAGGCAAAAACUAAUAGGACCUGUUUUCUCACAGCAAAAUGCCAGGCAGCAUUUGUGUUCCCCGAAGCAAGCCCUUAAUAACCACAUUCUAAACACGUGCUGUUCUGUUCUAUGCUCAUCAGUUUCAAAGGCCUGACAUAGGUUUGUAUGGUGACGACUACAAGAUUUUACAAGUAUUUUUGUAUUGUGAUUCCUAUGACAUAUAUCAGAGAAUUUUUACUCCUUUGUACAUUAUUGUACAGUUUUUAAUAAAAAGCGUUUUAAAUCUUAGAAGAUCAGAGAUGCCUCAGAGGUGUUAAAGUACCUUGCUUCUUUCUGUGCUGGCUCUCUGAGUAACAGGG